AUGAGCAGUGCAGAAGAGCCACUGAUCCGGCGAUCACGCUCCCCGCUUGCGGACGGCCGUUUCCAAGACGACGAGCUUAAUAUUAGCUCGAACAACCGCAGCAGCAGCAGUCAUCAUCACGAUCCAGACUAUGACGAUAGCCAUGUCCCGAGCAAGCCCGUCACUUUCUCGUCGUCACUCUACAUCUGGCUCCUGACCUUCUCAGCUGGGAUUUCAGGCUUGCUCUUUGGGUACGACACAGGCGUCAUCUCCUCGACCCUCGUCUCCCUCGGCACCUCUCUCUCGCCCGAGCCGCUCACACCCCUCGACAAGUCGAUCAUCACGUCAUCGACGUCCCUCUUCGCCCUGCUCAUCACACCCUUCACCUCAGUGAUGGCUGACCGCAUGGGCCGGCGCCAGGUCAUCCUCCUCGCCGAUGCCGUCUUCAUCCUGGGCGCUUUGAUCCAGGCCGCCAGUCACUCCGUGUUUGCCAUGACCUUCGGCCGGUCCGUGGUUGGCAUGGGCGUCGGUGCUGCCAGCGCCGUCACCCCGCUGUACCUGGCCGAGCUGGCUCCGGCAGCGAUCCGCGGCCAAUUGGUGACGAUGAACGUAAUUUUCGUCACGCUGGGCCAGGUCGCGGCGUAUGUCAUUGGUUGGCUCCUAGGCGAGUAUGGUGGGGAGGACACUGCUUGGCGCUGGAUGGUUGGACUGGGCGCCGUGCCGGCGGUGUUCCAGGCUGUGAUUAUGGUCUGGAUGCCGGAGACGCCGCGCUGGCUGGUGAUGGUUGGGAAGGCUGAGCAGGCUAGGAGGGUGGUGGCCAAAGUGCUUGGUGGAGAUGAUGGGAAAGAAGUGGAUGCGAUUGUGAAGGCGAUCGAGAUUGAAGUUAGGGAAGAGCGGGAAGCAAGGAGGCUGCGGACAAUACGAGGCGGUCCUGGCAGAGGGGACGAUACUGCCGGAUGGGUUGAGCUACUCGGAGAGCUGCUGAGAGUGAAAAGAAAUCGCAGAGCGUUGGCCAUCGCUUGCUUGCUGCAGGGCCUGCAGCAGCUUUGCGGCUUCAACUCACUCAUGUACUUUUCUGCAACCAUCUUCGCGAUGCUCGGAUUCCCGGUCCCAACACUCACCUCGUUGGUUGUGGCUGUCACCAACUUCAUCUUCACUGUGGCUGCGCUGUUCCUGAUCGACCGGGUCGGACGGAGAAGAAUCCUGCUAUGGACGGUGCCCCUGAUGGUAGUCGGGCUGCUGCUCGCCGCAUGGGGCUUCGCCUUCAUCGACAUCUCACAAGUCUUCCUGACAGAACCCAGCACCAGCGACGGGCCGAGCAACCAGACGGCGGCCGUGACCAUCGUCUUCGCCAUCAUGAUGUAUGUGGCCGGGUACGCCAUGGGCUUGGGAAACGUGCCGUGGAUGCAGAGCGAGCUGUUUGCGCUCAACGUGCGGUCUCUGGGCAGCGGCAUUGCCACGGCCACAAACUGGGGCGCCAACUUUGUCAUCGGCCUGACCUUCUUGCUACUAAUGGAGGCGCUGACGCCGUCGUGGACCUUCGUGCUCUACGCGGCUAUCUGUGCCGGCGGGUACUGGCUGAUCUACAGGCUGUAUCCCGAGACAGCUGGGCUCAGUCUGGAAGAGGCGGCCGCGCUGCUGGAGGACGACAACUGGGGCGUGAGGUGA